UUCAAGUACAUUGCAGAGCCCAGUAUGCAUUCGAUGCCUGCGGUGACGUUAUCACCCAGUGGCAAAUGGCUAGCCUGUCAGUCCAUGGAUAAUCAGAUCCUGAUAUUCGGAGCCCAGAAUCGGUUCAGGCUCAGCAAGAAGAAAGUGUUUAAGGGCCACAUGGUUGCCGGGUAUGCCUGCCAGGUGGACUUUUCUCCCGAUAUGAGUCAUGUGGUGUCUGGUGAUGCGGACGGGAAGCUGAACAUCUGGGACUGGAAGACCACCAAGCUGUACCACCGAAUCAAGGCACACGACAAGGUGUGCAUCAGCGCCCUCUGGCACCCCCACGAGACCUCCAAGGUCAUCACCUGCGGCUGGGACGGACAAAUCAAACUCUGGGACUAACAAGACAAGAGGGGAAAGGAAGGGGAAGAGCCGGUGGAAGAGUGAGCCUCAACAGCAGAGGGAGGAGACAGUCAGGUUGCUCCAUUUAACCCCCCACCAUGGUCUUUGCUCAGCUGAGCAGCUUUAGCGUCUGCUCCUUAGUAGAGAGUGGCUCAGUUCUCCAACCCUUGCUGUUUCACUGAAGUAGUUUAUAUUCUAGGCUUUGCUCAGUGCUGUGUGUGAAUACUGAAGUUUAUGGACUGGCAUCCAGUCCUGAUUUCUAGUGUAAUCUCCCCCCUGCAUAUGGGCCUUUUAAAUUGUCUUCUAUAUUUUCAUUUCAUUAUUAAGGAGUCCUCCACUGCUAAAGCCGUGCAUAUCAGCACUUCAGUUCAGCGUGAGGCAUCUGUUUCUGAGUGUAAUAAAACAUUUUGUACAUCA